AUGACGUCGGACCGGGGCGCGCGCGGAGGACGAGGCGGCCGCGGGGACGGCGCGCGCUGCUCGACGGUCGGCUGCGUCAACAAGGCCCAGUCGAACGGCAAGUGCCGCACGCACACGGGCGUGGGCCAGUGCACGCGCGAGGGCUGCGAGAAGCAGGCGCAGUACAAGGGGCUCUGCGUGGCGCACGGCGGGCGGCGCGUGUGCACCCAUCCAGGCUGCAACAAGACCGUCACGUCCAAGGGCAAGUGCGGAGACCACGGGGGCGGACGACGACGCCCCAGUCGGUCCAAGGGCGACGUCGACGCUAAACCGGUCACGAUACAGGAUAACGCGAACGCGGGGAAAGGCAGCUCCAUGAUGUCGCUGCUGCUGAACGAGUGGCCCAAGGAGGUACCGGGGCUAGAAGCACCAAGUGUCAGCUCGGCAGGUCAAGCAGCGGGUUGGAUCGGCUACAACGACGGCAGCAACAAGGUCAGCUACCCCGCCCCGGGAUAUCCGAUCCAGGCGGGGUACAGCAACUAUGUCGUCCCUGUGGCCCCGAAUCCGGUGCAGCAGAGCAACGGGUCGAUGAUGUCGCUGCUGGUGAACGGCUGGGCGCAGCAAGGAGCGACGAACCAAGUGGUUGAAGUGAAGGUGGAGAGGCAACAGGUGAUACAGGAUAACGUACAGGGAACCGAAAGUGACCCGACCAAGGAGGAGAGUACAGCGGGGCAGACGCGAAAUCCGCGCAAGCGAGCAAUGUGCUCCCGCGCAGGCUGCGAGAAGUUUGCGCAGUCCCAGGGCUUGUGCGUGAGCCACGGCGGGAAGCGCUGCGUGCAUCCGGACUGCACCAAGAGUGCUCAGCUGCACGGCUUGUGCAUAACCCACGGAGGAUCCAGGAGCUGCUCGUUCCCUGACUGUACCAAGACGUCUCGGUCGGCGGGCAGAUGCUUUGAGCAUGGCGGAGGGAAGCAGUGCUCGGAACCUGGGUGCGGCAAACAGGUGCAGUCUAAAGGUCUCUGCAGCGCGCAUAGUAAAGCAAGAAGUGGAAGCCAUAUCGUGGAGAGUAUAAUUCUAUAA